CCCCUCGCGCUGUUCCCGGGGACCGCCGACGUCGCGGCGCCCGGCCCCAGGGAGGGCGCUUGCGGUCUCCCGAGUGAUGCCCAGACCGCAGUUGGCACGGACCGUCCCGGGGCGCAGCGCGGGUCAUCACCUGUCCGCCUCCGCAAGCGCCGCACAUGGGCCCCGGGCUGAGAGCCGCGUCGCCCGGAGGCACCCCUCCCACGCCCGGCCGGCCGGACUGCACGGCUGCCCACCUUCAUGCACGCGCCCGGCGGCCGCGCCUGCACCCACGCGUCCUGGACGCACAGCGCGUCCCCACAGCACCGCUCCUGUGCACGCACAAACCCGUCAUUGCCUUGACCACACCUCACUCCUGUUUGUUUUGGGGUAUUUCCUGGCCUUGGUGCCCCUCCCAGAUAUUUGUAGAGCAAUUGAAUUGUUGGAAAAACUACAGAGGAGUGGAGAGGUACCACCACAGAAACUUCAGGCUUUACAGAGAGUCCUUCAAAGUGAAUUCUGCAAUGCUGUAAGAGAGGUAUAUGAACAUGUCUAUGAGACGGUGGACAUCAGUAGCAGUCCUGAAGUGAGAGCUAAUGCGACUGCAAAGGCUACUGUCGCUGCGUUUGCUGCUAGUGAAGGACAUUCUCAUCCUCGCGUUGUUGAGCUACCAAAAACAGAAGAGGGCCUUGGAUUCAAUAUUAUGGGAGGCAAAGAACAGAACUCUCCAAUCUAUAUCUCUCGGAUAAUUCCAGGUGGAAUUGCUGACAGACAUGGGGGCCUCAAGCGAGGAGAUCAGCUCUUGUCUGUCAAUGGAGUGAGCGUUGAAGGAGAACAUCAUGAAAAAGCUGUGGAACUGCUGAAAGCAGCUCAAGGGAAGGUUAAAUUGGUGGUACGCUAUACUCCCAAGGUCUUAGAGGAAAUGGAGUCACGGUUUGAAAAAAUGAGAUCAGCAAAGCGCAGGCAGCAGACCUAAAGCGGUUCAGAGCUUUCUGCCCCAUUCUGCUCUUAGCUGGAGAAGUUUUCCUCGUGGCCUACAAGGUGGCCGAAAUGCCAGUGAUUGUAAAAAACAAACAGAAACUUCCCGCAAAAUCCUCCUUGCCAUUUUAUAAAUGCCUAUUUUAACAUCGUUUACGGUUCCAGAGAUGCAUACACUCUUUUCUGACUAGAAAAAGUAAACGGCGAUGAGGGCAAUUCUGUCCUGCUGUUUUUACAGGCCUUUUUCAAAUGCAGAUUUUGUCAUAAAGUUGUUAUAGAUUUUUAAAAAUGCUUUUUUAAUAUUAAAAUGUAAUUUUACAUUCUUAAUCAUUUUUUAGAAAAAAAAUUUUCUUCGUUUGGCUGCUUAUUUAAAAAUAACAGUUCUCCAGUUCUUUUUUUGCUUACUCUAUUUUUUUUAACCUGUGAAGUUUCUUUACAGUUUUCCAAGGAAUUAAACAUAGCAGUCUGCGCCUCAGCAGCUCAUUACACUGUCAGUGUUAACAUCACUGCUGAAUUUUGUACUUUGAACACACACAUAACAUAUGUAAUCAAUGAUAAAUCAUAACUCAGCACAGUGGAAGUUUUUUACUUUUAUUUAAACAUAAUGUAUAAUGAAUAUUCAUUUAUACUGAUUUAUAAAAGUAAGUUUUUAAACACUGAAACAAUCAUUGCUAAAACGUAUUUCGUAAUAUUGGAGCAGUGAGGCAAGAGGAUGUAACUUGAUUGUUAGCAUUACUGAUUACAUCUCUUUAUAUUCAAUAAUCUAUCAAAUUAGAAAUGGAAAAAUAGGUUUAGGUUUCAUCUUUUGCAAAUUUUUUUAGUGCUAUUGGUUUUUAUUUAAAUAUAUUUCUUAUAUUUUGGUCCUUCCAUUCCUAGAGAUGAGCCAGUCAGUUUGUGAUGGGAAAUAGCAGAAGCAAAGAAGAAAAAAUAACCUCACUAGCCUCACGAGUUACACACUCUUACUAGCUCAAUUUAAAGAAUUGAUUUUAAAUAGGAAGAAGAUAGAAGGAUAUAUUUAAGAUAUAUAGAAAUUAUGAAGUGAUGUGUUCAUAAGAAUCUACAGGCUCUUUGUCAAAAUGAGUAGGAACUCAUUUAUAUUAAAAUGAUUGGAUCUAAAGAACCGAUCUUUGUUUAUGAUUCAUAUAUAAUGAUGGGAAUUCUGAGAGAGACUUUGAUUUGUCCACUGGAUGUCACUGUUUUUCUAAAAGGCAGCUAUCAGUGUAUGACUGAGGUCUUUUUAAAGGCUGAAAUUAAAGAGGUCCAUUUUCAGUCACAACUUACAGGAACGUUUGUAUGGUUUUUUAAAAAUUUAAAUGAUAGACGCUGAAAAGAAAAUGGAUUGAAAUAUAUAAGGAAUUUAGAAUAAUAAUUGACCUUGUAUAAAAAGUGGGCAUUUUGUAACAUUCCAUCAGGAAGAAUAGAAAUGUAUACCUUUUUCUGCAUGUUUGUGAGCACUGUGAGUCUUAAAAGAUUAUUCCAGUUUUCAGUGAUUUUCAGAAUAAAAGUCAAUCAGCAUUGUUAUUUAUCAUUUGGGUAUUGAACACUGGAUUGCAUGGUUGAAUGUGUAUCUAGUCCACUACAAAAUGUGCUUGUAUUGAUAGGAUCAUGUUGUUAAAUUGUAUAUUUUCAAAAUUGAUGUUUUUAAAAUGUUGAGACCAAAGUAGUGUAGAAUUAUGGACUUAUUUUAAUUUAACUGUAAAAUUAUUAGAGGUAUUUGUUGUAGAGCUUUAUAUAUUAAAGAGGUAUUGGUGCAUAUAAAAACAGUAAUAUUGUUAUGCUUGUGUUCUCACAUUCCAGGGUAAGUAGACCCUGAAGAAAUCUUGUUAGUAGAGCUGCAGCUGCAGUAGCUUUUAAGGGUGUGUCAGCAUUUCAUUAUAAAUUAUAGCUUCCUGGUUCAGUAUCUCAGCUUUUCAGAACUUUCAGCCAAGUGAAAUCUUUUUUUGGUGUUGAAACUUGGUAAGUUGAGUAAGCUUUUUUUUCCUUGUACAGUAAUCCACACUCUCUUCUUUGUGUGGGUUGGCACUUAUUUAUAAUUCUUAAAAUCGGGAUAGCUUAAAGGAGCCAAAUACAUUAGUUGUGCUUGCUCCUGUUGAGCCUGAGUAGCAGGAGUUUGUUUUUGUUAAUGCAGUUUUCACAGUGUGUCCCAGGAUUUUAAAUCCUGACCAUAGAACACUUCAGUCACCGGUGGCAAAGAUGUACGGUAGUGGUCUGGUAUAGUGAGGAAAUGAAGGGAAUUUUCAUCUUAUAAAUAAAUGUAUGAUCCAUGAGCAUAACUAGGCACACAGGAAGUAUAUAAUAGGUUUUUUAUUUGUAAAUUAUAAAUUCUCUCCCCAAUUUCCAUUUAUUUUCUUGGUAUUUCAUAAUAGGUCGAUUCAGUGAUUCUCCACCUUAGCUGCAUAUUAGAACACCCUGCAGAGCUUUAGAAAAUAUUGAUACCUGAGUCCCAGCCCACACCAAGUGAAUCAGAAACUCUGAGAGUGGGGCCAGGUGCUUAGUUUUUUAAAGCUUUCCAGGUGGUUCUAAAGGACACCUGGGGUCGAGAACCACUUGUUCCCCCCUUAUAAAAUGCUCUGCUUACACUGGACUCUGGAAGUAUCAGAAUAGAAUAAUUCAGUUUACAGCUGUUAUGAAGUAGCUGCAAGUAUAAUGAUGGGUUGCACUUCUUGAUAAUUUUGUUAGGAACACAAGGUACUUGGCAUUCCUUAUUUGGGAAGUAGUUACAGUCUAUCGUUUUUCUUUUUUAAUAAAAUCUGCCAGUAGUUUAAAUGUAAACUUUCAAUGUCUGUCAUCUUUCUGCCCCCUUUGCCUUUAAAACUUAAAAACAUAAAUGUUUAUUAUUUGAGAAAGCAUGUUUAAAAAUUGCAGAUGAGAAAUACUGUCAUUGGUAAUUACGUGCUGUCUUAAUAUGGCCACUUUAUCCAUUAGUAUAAUACUAGAUUAUAGUGGCCUAGUUCUUUGGGGUUUGGAAAUUCAGAUGUUUUUAAAUAAUCGUUGUCUUCCUCUUCUGAAUUUUUGAAGUUAUUUUGCUCAAGUACUUAAGUAGUUUGGCUCAAGUACGUUGUUUACAAUUUAAAUGGAUAUUGUAGCAUUUAACAGAAGAAAUGGCUGUGGCUUAUCUGAAAAGAAUGUCAGCAUGACUUGAUAUAGAAUUAAAAGAAUACAUGUGAAUAUUUUAUAAUGUGGAAUGAUCGUUGAAAUGUCAAGGACUCUGGGAAUUGUAUUUCCUGAAUAAAUGUAUGUAUAUGAAUUUUCUAACUUA